CCUGUUUCACAACCCUGGAGCUGAGAGUGAUUGGUGUAGUGGGAACUCCGCCUAAACUUGGCCUAUUUAUUCCUACUAGCAGAGGCUUAAUCACAGUUCAGCAGCAGAGCAGAGGACACUGCACUCCACACCGACAGGUUAUCUUGGUUCACAAUGUCAGAGAGUGAAAAAUCAAGUCAGAUGGAGACAGAAACACCAGCUGCCGCUCAGGAUCAGCAGAGUUUGAUGUCUCGGGUCAGUAACCUGCCUCUGGUCAGCUCAGCGUGUGGCGCGGUGUCCAGCGCCUACAGUAGCACUAAAGACAACAUCCCGCUCCUCAGAGGGGUCAUGGACGCGGCCGAGAGCGGAGUCCGCACGCUGGGAGCGGCAGCCAGCACGGGGACCAAACCCAUACUGGACAGACUGGAGCCACAGAUUGCCAUGGUGAAUGAGUAUGCCAUGAAAGGGCUGGACAAAGUGGAGGAAAAACUUCCCAUCUUACACCAGCCAGCAGACAAGCUGGUGUCUGAGACAGUGGACAAGGUGUACCAUUCUGUGACGGGGGCGAAGGACGUGGUGGUGGGGGCAGUUCUGGGGGGUGUGGAGAUAACCCGUACGGCCGUAAAUGAGGGCAUUAACACGGUCAUGGGCACCAGUCUGGGUCAGAUGGUCAGCAGCGGAGUGGGUCUGGCUCUGACCCGCUCUGAGGACUGGGUGGACCAGCACCUUCCGCUUACUGAGAAGGAAUUGGCUGCUCUGGCAGAGCCUCUGCCCAAUGAAGAGGGCGGUGCUGCUCUGAGCUCUGCCUCCAGCUACUUCGUCCGCCUGGGUAAGCUCUCGGCCCGCGUCAGAGAGCGAGCGCUGGAGCUCUCCCUGAUCAAAGCCCGAAACGCCCGGGACGCCACACAUGCAGCCGUGACCCAAAUCACCAGCACGCUGGACCUUCUGGAGGCCGCCCGCGCUGCCCGCACCACUGCCAGCCAGAUAGGGGGCGCUCCAGAGCAGCUGUUGAAGCGCUGGAAGGAGUGGAAAGAGGGGCAGCCCAAAGAGGAGGAGGAGCAGGGGACAGAGGAGGCACAGACUACCUUGGUGGAAGAUCAGGGGGAGACAUUGGGACCCCUGGUUCCUAACACCACCACUGUAAAGACAUCAAACACGCAGCUGGAGUGGCGAACUCUCUCUAUGGUUCGUGGCUUGAGUGAGCAGUUGCGGAUGGCCUGUGCGAGUGUAGUGUCCAGCACGCAGGGUCUCCCCGGAGCCGUGCAGGAGCAGCUGCAGAACGCCCGCCGCACGGCCGAGGACUUGCACUCCUCUCUGGGCAAAACCAGCACCCUCACACCCCUGUUGCUCCAGCAGAGCCGUCAGCAGCUCACACAGGUGCGACAGUCUCUGGACGGAGUCACAGAAUAUCUACUGAACAACACGCCGCUCAACUGGUUGGUCGGCCCGUUUGCUCCCCAGCUGACGGAGAAAAGACUGAGCACUGAGUAGAUCAGAGCCAAACACUCCUUCACGAUGCGCAGAAAUAUUAACAAAUGCUGUAAAUGAUCGGAUUUAAGCCUUUUAUUGCACCAUAUCUGCAGUACAUACUAAUUUCCCCCUAAUUACAUUCAUAAAGCAUUUACCAUAGAAAUAACCAGCAGAUGAUUUGACUCUGUAAAGCCUUUUUCUGACGGGAUUCAGUCGUUUCUGUGUUUCCAGGUGCUGCUCUGGGAUUUCAUUUCGCUCCAGAUUGGCCAUGUCAGUGUUUUUAUCAUCAAACUGUAGCUUUUUAGAAAUAUUGACCACAAUUAUAUGACAGUGUGUUAUGCAAACAUACAGGUUUAUAGAAAAUACAACCUAGUAGAAAUUCACUCAUGUUGAGGUCACUUUAUCACUGAGGAGACUUGUAAAACUUGGAUUACUGAUGAUGAUGAACUGAUCCAAUCCCAAAAUGACUGAAGUCUAAUAUUUUGUCGCUGUUGGAACAAAACUUUUACUUUACAGUAGAACCAGGUUAACUUAUAACCUCUUAUUCUCCAGGAUAUAUUUUGGCUUGUCCGUCAGAAUUUACAUGAGCAAAUUAUGAGGCGAAUUUUUGAGUAACUGCAUGAAAAAAAUGCAAUUUUUAAUUUAUUUUUAGUUUUUUUUGGUAAAAUCUCCCCUCAAAUGAACAGAACGUGUGUUUUCUGAUCUCCACAUAUCACUAUACGCUCACAA